AUGGGGUGCAUGGGCGUGUUGAAGGACGGCGGCCAGCCCCUGCAGUGGGACUCCCCCGCCGUGGCGGGCUCGCUGGUGAUCAUCGCCAUCGCGGUGUACUGGCUGACCAGGGACAGCAGGCUGGACAUGGACAAAGUGCCAGGGCCCUGGCGGACGGCGGUGCCGGUGCUGGGGAACAUUUUGGACCUCCUGACGCCCAACCACCACCGCCAGAUCUUGGCCUGGACGAACCAGUUCGGAGGCAUCUACAGGUUCAAGCUGCUGUGCAAGGACAUACUGAUAGUUACGGACCCGGAGUCCGUGGCCACGAUCAUGGGCCGCGGAGAGGGUGCGCUGGACAAGUCUGCUGUGGCGUACGGGGUUGUCAGCCAGAUGGUCAGCAAGGAUGGACACCCCAACUUGCUUACAGCAGCCUCGGAUGAAACAUGGAAGAUUGUUCGAAAGGCUGUUGCAGUGUCGUUCAGCCUGAGGAACAUAAAGCCAAAAUUUGGCAUGGUGCUGGAGAGGGUGAAUGACCUAGUGGAGAGGUUGGAGGUGAUGGGACCAGACCGGGCAGUCGACAUGGACCAGGCAGCACUGAGGGUGACACUGGACGUCAUUGGCCUGGCAGCAUUUGGACACGAUUUUGAGUGUGUGAAGCAAGGAGUUCCAAAUAGGGACCACCUGCUUCGGGUGCUGCCCAGAUGCUUUACUGAGGUUGAGCUUCGAAUGGCUAAUCCCUUCCGGUCAAUAAAAGAGCUUCCAAGGUCUUGGUUCAGAAAUGGAGAGAAAGGUCAGAGAAGUUUUGACCACUUUCAGAGGGAGAUGGUAGCGCUGCUGAAGAAACUGAAGCUUCGCGGGCCCCCUGCGGAUGAUGAUUUCUCCAUUGCGGCCCAACUAAUGCGCAUUGCCGACAAUGGAUCAGUCAGCUACGAGCGCAUCCUGUCCGAAAUCGGAAUCCUGUUCGUUGAGGGAUUCGAGACGACAGGUCAUACCAUCAGCUGGACUCUUUUCUGUCUUGCCACAAACAAAGACGCCCAGGAAAAAGUCGCGGAGGAGCUUGAUGCCGCAGGGCUGCUUUCCCACCCGCUCAGAACGGCGAGGGAAUUCGAAUAUCAAGACAUAAACAAGUUGAAGUACCUGUCCUGCUGCAUCAAGGAGGCCAUGCGAAUGUAUCCUGUGGUUUCUGUGGCGAAUGCGAGGAUCACAGAAAGACCCACGACAAUUGGCCGAUACACCAUUCCGGCCGGCGUCCUGACUGUCAUCCCCCUUUAUGCCCUGCACAACUCCAAGCACAACUGGAGCAACGCCUCGCAGUUCAUUCCCGAGAGGUGGCUUGACGUUCCAACAGAGACGUACACAUACAACAGCCGGCAAGACAAAACGGCACACGGCCUGACAUUCAUGCCCUUCACCCAUGGCCCACGAAAUUGCGUUGGCCAGUCGCUGGCAAAGAUGGAGGUUGUCACUGUUCUGGCGAAGCUGUUAGGGAGCUUUCAGUUCAGGCUGGCUCCUGAGAUGGGCGGUGUCGAGGGUAUCACCCAACGAGAGAGCACGCACCUGACGCUGCAGACCAAAGGGACGCAGGGAAUACGCAUGCUCUUGAAACCGAGGGAUCAGGCGGGGGCUCACAUGCGUUCCAUGUCGUGGUCCUCGACCAAGGGCGUCCCAGAGGAGUGUCUAAUUAGCUAG